GGUAAAAGGCAGAAUGGGCAGGAUCUUGGAACCGGCCUGGCUUUGAAAGGCAUGUCGAGCUGCUAAGCCAUCUGGGAGUAACGGCAGCCAUGGCUGGCCCAUUCCUGGCCUGCGCUGGGUGACGGGCAGAGAGUGGCUGCCUGGCACUCUCAGUCUUUUCCCUGUUAAUGAUGCCUCGCACGGCCGAAGCUCCAGCCCCGAGAAAGAUGCAGAGGAGAUAGAGGAGCCCACUGAUGAGGAUGGCUUGACUCAUUUCUCAGAAAUGGAAGGGGUGGUACGGAGGUCAAGGCAAACUGUAGGGGCAAACCGACAGGACCGGAAACUGCAGAAAUACAGAGCGCAGCGUCUGGCAAGCCAUCUCCAAGGAGAUGUGGCUAAUGAGUCGGAGAACCAGCCCCGUCCAGAGAAGCUCAGCCAGUCACCCCUGACUGAACGACCCUACUCGUACAAAUCAUUCAUCUCCCAAGUGCCACUAAGACUCCUAAUCAAAGUGAGUGGGCAGAGAAGUGGUCUGGGCAUCAGCAUUGCAGGAGGGAAAGGCUCCCUGCCCUAUAAGGAGAAUGAUGAGGGCAUCUUCAUUUCCAGGGUCAGUAAAGGAGGCCCAGCGGAGAAGGCAGGAGUUCAUAUAGGAGACAGAGUGCUGGAGGUCAAUGGUCAGGACAUGCGUGAAGUCAGUCACCAUGAGGCGGUCAGUGCCCUGCGCAGUGCCGGGAGCUGCAUUAAGAUGAAGGUGCUCCGGGAGAGAUCCUCACCGCCAGACAGUCGAAUGUCCCAGGAGCAGGACAUGACUGAUUCUGAGGCUCUAAUGAUUAGCCGCCAGUGGAUUGACUCCUGCCCGGAGUCCACGCUGGACCGCAGUCCUUUGGUUAGCAAGAUCGAAGCUGUGGUCUGCAAUGGCAAAGGUCUGAGUGACCUGGCUCAGGAGAUAAGGCCGGGGAAAGACAGGGAGAGCAUGCUUAAAGCCAGCACCCUGCCGGCUGCGAAACACACCAUGACGAUACCUCGGAUCAUUCUGACUCAUCCCUCUACCUCGGAUGAAGACGUGGAGCCCCUGACCCACGGUGCGGACAGCAGCGACUUUGAUGACCUCGACGACCCCGAUGACCACGUCUACUCAGAUGUCAACAGCGCUUUCUACCCUCCGUGA